UUUGGUUUCAUCUUGGGUCGCAUGAGAAUUCCGAGAAGUGAGAUUAGGAGCACAGAGGCUCCUGGUCAUUCUCGGAAAUUGCCUCAGAGGACACAGAAGAAGCAUGCUUGUGAAACUGUCGUUUCCGGUCAAGGACGAGAUGAGUGCAGCAGCAAAUCUAUACAACGAGAGGGCAAUACUUAUUUGUUAGACCUUUUAUGAAUAAACAAUGAG